AUGAAGACGCUCAUACAAAAGGAGCUCGUCUAUGAGAGAGGACGGCCGUUAAAGCGCUACGCGUUAACUGAUGAAGGGUGGGAAGUCGCAAAGCGCAUUCGACAAACAGCAGAUACAACCCAGACCCGACUUGACGAACCCAGAGGAGAUGUCCCAACAAUCCGCAUGCCCUUGGGACGCUCAAAUUCUCCAGCGCAGCAGCCAGUGAUCCUUGAUGAUGAUGAUGAUGAUGAUGCUGAUCCAAUUCCGCCAGGCCCACAGCAGCAGCAAAGCGAAUUUGAAGAUGUCGUUUCUAAUGGUCCCAUGGUUUCUGACGACUCUGCUUUACCCACAUUCACACCCAUACGGCUCAAUCCUGGCACAUUCACUGUUCACUUGGUUCUGGAUGUGCGAGAAGUCCGUGCGAAGACCGAUCGCGACUAUAUGCAGGAGGAGCUUAACAAAAGAGGCGCCAAGCCCAUAAUGCGCAGUCUUGAGCUGGGAGAUGUGUUGUGGGUGGCGAAGUGUCACGACCCCGAUCAUAUGCGGCAAUUCGGGGCCGAGGGCGACGAGGUAGUGCUCGACUGGAUAGUCGAACGCAAGAGGCUGGACGAUUUGAUUGGAAGUAUCAAAGAUGGCCGCUUCCACGAGCAGAAAUUCCGCCUCCGCAAAUCAGGAGUCAAAAACGUUGUCUAUCUCGUCGAAGAAAUCUCCAUGGAUGCAGGCCACUCCCAGAAGUACGAGGAAGCUGUACAGUCUGCCAUUGCGUCAACUCAGGUGGUUAACGGCUAUUUUUUGAAGAAGACGCAAAAAAUAGAUGACAGCGUCCGAUAUCUCGCUAGGAUGACUGCGAUGCUGAAGAAAAUAUACGAGAGCAAGCCGCUGCAUGUGAUCCCUACCAAGGUUCUCACUGCGCAGAACUAUUUGCCCUUACUUGCUCAUCUCCGCGAGCAAGAUCCGUCGACAAAAUAUUACAUCACUUAUCCCGCGUUUGCGUCGCUGGUUUCGAAAUCAGACAUGAUGACAUUGCGAGAUGUCUACUUGAAGAUGCUGAUGUGUACGAAAGGGGUAACAGGUGAGAAGGCGUUGGAGAUUCAAAAACGAUGGAAGACGCCGUACGAUUUUGUCAAGGCGUUUGAGCAGUGUGGCUCAGGAGAAGCCAGCAAGAAGAAGAAAGGAGAACUGGUAUCGCAGCAGAUGGGCAAUCUUGUCGGAAGGAAGAAGAUCGCAAAAGCGCUCAGCCAGAAGAUUGCUGAGGUUUGGGGUGAUGCAUGA